AUGAGCCGUGCCAACGUGCCGUUCAAUCCGAUGAGGCGGACCCCUCCGCCUCCACCCUGCAUUGACACAUUCACGCUCGUUCCCAGUGAUUACAUGUCGAUGUUAUCAGCAGAUGGUCAUAAAUUCGUACUUCAUCGUGACUGUGCGUGUGCCUCACCUCUUAUUCGUAAGGCACUUACAAAUCUCGUGGACCCCGGCGUUCCGGAGAUGCGCUUCGACUGGGCCAAUGGUGACAAUGAGCCUCCGGUUAUUUACUUUACAAAAGCGCCAACUGCAUUAUUAGAGGUGGUUAUCAAGUAUCUGUACUACAAGCAUAGAUAUGAAGGAGAUACCGAUUACCGACCGCCAUUCGACGUGCCACGCCAAAUCGCCCUCGAUAUCAUGAAGCUCGCGCAGGUACUCCAAUGUUAA